AUGGUGACAGAAGGCCUUAACACCGGCAGGAGAGCCGAAGAAAAGCUUCUGCGUCAUCUAUUUACUCUCGUACGACUUCCGAAGGAAUCUGAAUACUUUUGCGAUCGUCACCGCCCCUAUCCACCACCACCCGACUGGCGAAGGUCCGCUUGGGAGUGCGGUGAUAUUGAUUACGGAGGACGUGACCGCUUCUCCAACAUUCUCGCCCGUAUACGCUCCACCAUUCAAGAGUCGGACGAUGAUGGCAUGCCUAUAGGCAUCUGGCUGUAA